UGUCAGUUUACACUUUAUCGGACAAUUCUUAGUUUAUUUACACCUUUACGACUUUAGAUGGGAUGGAAGAGAUCAAUUCACCAAAUAUUCCUGCAGCAUUAAACGAUCCCCUCUUAGGGAAGAGGAGUGACAUUUUUAGCAAGAGAUAUGGGGAGUAUUUUGAAAAUAAUCCUUAUAUUCCUACUAAGGACAAUAUAACAAAAGAAGAUUUUACUGAAUAUUUAAAAUUAAUAAAUAAAAUAAACGGGUUUAAAUGUUCGCACAUCAAUGAAUUUUCUAAUUUAAAAUUGGAAAAAAAUAGAUCUCCAGAUGAAAUCUCUUACAUGGAGGCUGAUAUGCCAGAUUAUUUUUACAAGCCCAAUUUUUCUUUCCUUAAUCCUGUUGUCCAUAAAUUAUUAAUACCUAGUAGUACACAAAGGUUGAAUGAUUGGUUAGGACCAGCAAAUGCAAGUCACGAGAAGCUUAGUCGGUAUUUGGAUGGCAUCGAAAGCAAAAUAGCCCUAAACGUGUCCCGGAAAUCUGGGAAUUUCAUCCACGCUUUAUCGUACGUUUCCCAUUUGCGCGACACGCUUACCGACAUACGUUAUUCCAUUCAAGAAACGAGGCAUUUCAUAUCCGUCUACAAUUCCCAACACGCCAUAAAUACUGCCAAAUUGUUGCGAUUGCAAAUCAAACUAUCUAAUUACCACAAAAUCCGCGACAAGUUAAAAAUCAUGGCCAUAUUAUGUCAAUCUCAGCCUACGCUUCAAAUUUUGCUAGCGAACAACGAAUACGUGAGCGCCUUCGACCUGGUGUCGUCAUCGAGGGACGUGCUAAGCAAGGAACUCAAAGGAGUCAGAAGUUUUAGGUAUCUGGAUGCUCAGCUGCUCGAGAUCGAAAAUCUAAUAUUUCGAAUGCUGUGGGCAGAUUACACGUCUAUCAUAACCCGUCACUUCUGCGAUAAAGAUAAAUCUUUGAAUAUAAACCCCUCAACCAACCCUAACCAGAUCAAAGGUUUUUCCGCCAAAAUGGAGAACAAACUAUCCUCCUUGCUCACAAAGUCUCUCGAUUUGAAUCAAAAUUACUCUCUGACUCGCUCGAAAGACAUCACGCAGAACUUUCAAAGUUUCGAAGAAGUUUUGAAGGUCGGAGAAUGGGAAAAUUUGUUGGUCGAGCUGAGUUCUGUAGUUUUGGGAUUGUUGUAUCUCCGAAACCUAUCUUUCAUCGAGUACCUCAAAGAAGAAAGUUGUUCCCAUAUCGAUAACAUCAUAGCUGGCCAAUUGAAAUCUACAAUUCACCACUGCAUUUCUAAACCGUCAACUAAUAACUCAUCCUUCAAUCAAAAUCAUUCAAAUUACGAAUACGAUAACGCUGGUCACACCCUUAUCGAAAAUUUUCCGAACCUGACAUUAAACGCGCUCGUUACUUUUUUCCGAAACGUAUUUUGCCUAUUAACGCGACACAUCUCGAACGUCAAGCUAUUCGCGUUUUUGAUAUCGAUUCUCCUCUUCGCCUCCUCCUCGAACGCGUCCAACUCGCAACACGUCUUCUGGAAUACGAUUCGCGACAAAAUAAACGAAUCGUUUACCGAUUGGCAUAACCUGAUAUUUCAUAAAUAUUCCCAAAAAGAUUUUAACAGAGCCUCCAACAAACUGAAUAACGUUUUGAGGGAUAUCGACAAAUAUUUGGAGGACGAGAGCGUUAAAUUAUUGGAGAAAUGGAGCCUCUCUUUCAAUCCGGUAUUUAUUACCAACCUAUUUAACGACCAAGACGAAGCGGAUCAAAUCAAACGCCCCGAGGAAAAUUUAUCUAAUCAUAAUCGCGGCGCGCUGGGAGAAGAGAACGCGCUCCUGAACGCAUUUCAAUCCUUUCACACCCUAUACACAAUUUCUCGCGAAUUUUUCGGGACCACGGAUUUCAAUUUAUCCCGACUCGUCUCACAAAAUCCCGCUUUGUUGAGUCCCGAAAGUGAGGGACACCAUAGUGAAGAAAACUUGGGUGUUCGCGGGAAGCGUGGAAUACCUAAUCGCAUACCGCUUCCCGAAUGCGAGAACAUUGACGUGAAGGAUCGCGUAUUUAUCGCCGAUAUUCCUCCCUCUAAUCCUUCCUUAUAUCCCGACGACAAAAAUCCCUUCGAUGGGCCCGAGGAAGCGGAGGAUGACGUUAUCGAAAACGAAAGCGGCGUCGCCCUAACCGCUUCCUCUUUAUCGAUAAAUGACACGUCUUGCUUCAACGGCGACAUAAGUCACGGUAGUAAUUACGAUAACGCCAUUCGCGAAGAGGACAAUGAUAGCAAAGGGGUUGGCGGCAAGGUUCUCAAUGGGUACCUCAACAACGGAAAGGACAUAGUAUAUCGGAAGAGCGCUUUAUCGGACGAACAGGGCCAGAUUUUUCUGAACGUUUUACGUAAACUAGUAUCCCAAACGCUAAAUUUUUACGCGCAAAGAGCCAAACGCGAUUUACAAUCAAUAUUAUCGGCGGAGAAAUGGAAGCCGUUCGAUUUCCCCAAGAGAUUCGGUUCCAUUUUCGAAAAUUUUAUCACGCACAGCGCUUCCGACUUACUAAUAACAGACUUCGUUCAAACUAAAAGUCGUGAUAAACUUAUCAACAAUUUGCUCAUAAAAAACGAAUCUUAUAUCUUAUGCUGCUCAACGUUCGCCCUAUUAAAGUACGUGCUCUUGUAUAACUGUUUGGCUGAGCGUUUUCCGUUCGCUUCCAGAUUUAUCGCCUCCGCCAUAUUUCAUCUAUUAAAGUUACACAAUUCUAAGAACUAUCAAUUGCUACUCGGCGCUGGGGCCAUCAAAUCAGCUGGUUUGAAAUCGAUAACUAUAAAACAUCUAGCACUUUCACUCGCAAAUUUAAGAUUCGUAAUUCGAUUCGUGUACAAUAUGGCUGAUCGUUGGUCACGAGACACGCUUUUUUCGAAUCAUAAAAAUUUGUCGAAAAAUUUUGACGUCAUAUAUAAAGAUUAUUCAAUGCAUGUCGAUGAAACUGUCAGCAAAAUAGCGGAAAUAAUGGAACACAAUUUAUCGAAAUACAUUUCCGAGUGGGAAGUCAAAGCUCCGACACCGUCUUCCGUUUUCAUUAGCAUAAUAAAACAAUUGGAAAUUUUUUACUCCACCAUCAAUACCAUCGUUCCGUCCGAUUCUUUAAAAAUCAUCAUGAUCAAGAUUGACACGUCACUCAAGCGAUUGAUCAAAUACAAGAUAAGUUCCCUCAACAUCGUAAACGAUGGGGGUCCCCGGGCUGGGGUCGUUAUAUCCGAACUCUUAUAUUAUCAAAAUAACUUUAGAAAAUUCGGCGUCUCGGCUGAUAACGCGCAAAGUUACGAUAUGAUUUGGGAUUCGUUGAAUUGACAUAUUGGAAGACAAGCGAAUUUGUUAGCGUAAAUAUUAGUCUGUCCAUUUCGAAAAUAAACGACAACCGCGACAAAAAUUCAUAAUAUAUAGUUAUUUAUGACGAAAAAAUAUUAUUUAUUAAAUAUAUAUAAAUUGCUAUAUGUCGAAAAUAACAUUCCAUAUUGCCCAUAUCUUGUCAAUUAUAAAAAGUUUAACGAUUUUUAUUAUAA